AAAGGGGAAUGGGACGAACCUUCUUCCCUACUCGGCCACAGCGCCCUUGUCUCGCCUUCUUCCCUACUCGGCCACGAACAUACCGCGAUUUGGCGUUCGUGAGGACUGAACACUCGUCUAAGUGACCUUUACGGAAAAAUCCGGCUGCCAGCGGUCUAUUUAUAGAUGGCAAUAGAGGCUGGAACGGAGGUGCAAUUUCCAUGUAAUCUGUGUUCCACAUCCAAAUUGAAAAACAAGCACAUGAAACUAUCCCUUUAACUUUCAUUUCACGUGCCAAGUUUUCACUUCUCAUGCAGGUGUUUUCAUUUGAAAUAACCGUCGCUUCUCCAGAAGACAUCCUGCCUCAAUUUAGGCUAAUGAAGGUUGGUUAAAUAAAUAUUCUUAAUGUUAAGACCUCGAGGAAUAUGCAAACUUUUUACUGCACCAAAUAAUUGCCCUGGUAGAAUGAGAUAAAAUCUCGCCAAGCUAAAACAUUGUGGUGGGUAUAGUGAGAAUAUCUACAUCUAAACGCAUUGUCAAGGAUAUUCUUUAGUAAUCAAGCUCGAUGUGUUAUCUAACACGGGCACUAGAAAGCAUAUCCUUAUUCUAAUUGCUAAGAACACAAGCAAUUUACAACAUUUAAGUGAAUCAGUAAUGAAAAGGCGCCUUUUCCUUUCCAAAACCUUUGUACUAAAACGACAUGUGCCAAAUGUCUUCUAUCAAACUCUGGAUGGUUUUUGUUUUCAAUUAGUUCAUGCAUAAACCGCCAGAAAUACGAUUAACACUCAUUUCUUUGUUUCAUCUAAGUGGAAAGCGAGAUAAUAUUUUCAAGCCAGUGGCAUGUCUUAAUUAAUUUUCAACACAAACUUUCCUUCAAUGAUAAGUUCGAGAACUCGACCAGUAGGCGAGAUUUCAAAGUCUAAUGUAGUAAACACUCUCGGUGAGCUUUAAUUAGUAACAAGCAGUCUUGUAAAAAACAGUUAUACCGCGCAACUGGAUAAUCAACGACAUUUAAAAUCGCCAUCUCGAUAAUAAAGCUGCAAGCUGAUCAGCUAAAAUACUUUUCGCAGUAACCUUAUUUUUUUGACCACAACACCCAGUGGCGAACAUGACUGGAGAUGGAAACUUCACAAGCAAACUGAACCAAGUACUCAGCACAUCACCAGCAAGUGCGCUUCCAGUUUUGACAGCUUUAAACAUUUUUCUAUCCAUGACCGCAUCUCUAAGCAAUGCUCUGGUCCUUAUUGCUCUUCACAAAGUCUCUUCUAUUCAUCUUCAGACGAAACUUUUCUUUCGAUGUCUGGCGGUCACUGAUCUCUGCGUUGGUCUCAUUGUGCAACCACUUGAUGUGACCUACUACUUGUCUCCUUUGACAAAGAUGUACUUGAGAACCGUGAACUAUGUUUACGAAGCUUGGUCAUCUUCAAGUAUGAUUUUAUGUGGAGUAUCCACCUUUACGCUGGCCGCUAUUAGUGUGGACAGAUUUUUCGCCCUGUUGUUGGGACUGAGAUACAGACAUGUCGUAACAUUAAGGCGAGUUCGGGUAGUUAUACUUUGUUUUUGGUUAAUUGGUGCUUCAGGCGCUGUGGUCUGGGUGUGGAGAGAAGAUACUGUUAGGCGGGAAAUCUUUGCCGUCGUAAUUCUUUCUGUACUGACUUCGAUUUUCAGUUACACGUGGAUCCACCUCAAACUACGACAUCAACAAACCCAAGUACAAAACCAUUUCCUCCGAGGGCAAACGAACGGACGAAGGACUCCACUGAGCAUGGCAAGAUAUAAAAAGUCAGCUUCUAGCACUUUGUGGGUACAGUUGGCAUUAGCUGCCUGUUAUAUUCCGCUAACCAUUGUAGCUGUGCUUGGUGUUAAUGAAAGAACAGAAGUGGUACACAAUGUAUAUGUAAAUGGAAUCGAAUACGACAUAGCCUGGUCAACGGCUUCAAGUCUAGUCCACCUUAAUUCAUCGCUGAAUUCAAUCCUGUACUGUUGGAAGAUCCGAGAAGUGAGACAACAUAUGAAAGAUACUAUCAAACAGCAGUGUAGAUCGACAUAUGGUCGCAAAAACUAAUAGAAGCGGACAAAUAACCUAAAAAAGAAGUAUAGAAAUGGGCCAAGUCUCUUCUACCACGUGCAAAACUACAAGAAUAACAAUUUUUGGAGAGGACGCCACAUCAGCCUUAGCUGGUCUAUCCUGGUCGAAUUGGAAUUUGGAGAUGUUGGUUUUUGAGGAGGGAGGAAAACUGGAGAAUCCGGAGAAAAACCUUCGGAACAAGGCAAGAACCAACAACAAACUCAACCAACAUAUAACACCGGGCCAGAAUCGAACCUGGGCUACAUUGGUGGGAAGCGAGCACUCUCACCAUGCUCUCAAAGAACUGGCAAACAAAAUACCGAAGAAAAACCUAAAAGGAAAUAGUGAUGGAAUAAAAAUAGGGAUUUAAAUACAAUAAGACACAAAAUUACACAGAGAAAAUAACGGCGCACUUUUUAUGUCACAUCUCCUAACAGGAAACAAACAAAAUGUAGUUUUGUGGAAAUUGUAAGGCUAAAAAUGUAAUAAUCAAAUUCAAAUUUAGGUUGGAUUUUGAAUGGGACAAUUUUAAUCCAUUCUUUCGUUAGACACUGAGUUGUUCAUUGCAUGGGUACGAUCCACACUUUUAUUGCAACUUGGGCCAUAUGAAAACAUUUUGGUAACCGUUAGGCUUUGAUUACAACUUUACUUAGAUCAAGUUCCACAACGAAGAAGUCAGAUAUCUCUGUAAUUCCACUGAAUUAACAAGUCAUUGAAAUGAAAUAUAUCAUGAGCGGACUAAAUAACGCUCGAUAAAAGAGCAUUCACCAAACAGAAGGUAACUACGAAAUACAGAAAAGGAGAAGUUAUAUUUUCCAUAGAAAUUUACUAUGGGCUGUUGCGAACUUCCGCUAAAUAACAGGGAAUUCGAAAUAACCUAGUUCGAAUUAGUGGGUUCCAAUUGAUAUUUAUCAACUUGAAGUUAAUAAAGGUAAUUUUACCGCCUUAGCGAGCUAGUGACGGUGAAAUUUCGAGCCUCAGCCCUUUGCUUGCUUUGCCAGUUACCUUAAAGUAGAUAAAUAGCUAGGAGAGAUGGAACGUCACCAUGGAAUCUUACCAGUUUUUAGCUCAGAUACAAUGAAAAGUCUAUCAUUCAAAUUUCCAGUGACAAAGUCCGUUAAAACACAGUUUCAAAAAAAAAAAAGCAAGAUAUAUCACUACAAAUGGCUCCUAGUUGUAUUUUGACAUUUAUUUUACUUAAAAUAAUGCAAUUUCUUUCAAAUCGCAGUUGACAUUUGCCCUUUGUGAACUUAGUUCCGAUGGAUGUACGGUUAUGAAAGAACAAAUAAAACUUCCAUUUUACUAAGUCCCUAUACCGCUGCGGGUGAUUUUGAACUAAAAUUGUUUCACCAUAUAGCGAAUAAAUGUCAUUACCCGCAUACAACAACUUUUCGCGACGUUUGGAAUUCGUGUGAAAAUGAGUGAUAAAAUUGAGCACUUUCGCUCUUAGUAUAAAUUUUCACGCUUUCAAUUUUUGCGAAAACUUCACUGAAAAUAAAAGACGUUCAGCGAAAUAAACGCUGCAUUUAUCAAGAAGAGUAUUAAUACAAUUUGAGAAUAUUCUGGACUCCACAUUAUUUUUCUUCCCGAAGUUUUCCGUCUCCGGUAAAAUCAUUGUAAAAUCUUUCUUCACAUCCCGAUUACUUAAAAUUCGCACCUCAGCGGAAUUUUGGUCUAAUGAAUGUAUUGUUUUGAAAAAGAAAUAAAACUUCCACUUUACCAUUUUUGCUUCCACUGCAAGUGUUUUUUGCUAAAAUUCUCUCUCCAGAUAGCGAACGAAGGCUGGUUAGCUUCUUAGGUGAGAUAAACGUUGCCUUCAGUUAUAAUGAAAUUUUCCGAUGCACAUGUGUGAAUAAAUUAUCACCACACAACAUAUUGCUUCUUAGUUUCGCAGGACAUACUACUCGCGAAAAAAAGAUAUCGGAAAAUAAACACCCACCAAAGAAAAGUUAAAGACUCGAAAUUUAAAAUCCUGGCUCCAGUUUUUCGAAGGCUGGAUAACGCUAGUAUCCACCAGAUAAAUCGCUAUCUGCUGGAUAAGUGUUGACAAAACAAACCAUGCUAUCUUCUAGGCAGUAAUUUAUCCGCUGGAUAGCGUUAUCCACCUUUCGAACAAACAAGGCCUGAUGUAAAACCAGUUUAUUUCCCUAAAAUUCAGUUUACAUUAUCAUCCGUCUUCCCGCUCUAUUUCUCCAAAUCAUACAACAACAAGAUGCUGACCUGUGUAAUGUACACAGCGUCGUGCUUUGUCCCAUUGGACAUUGGACAGGUUUCCGUCAAUGAAUUUAAGAUAACUGCAGAAAUUCUCGCGCGCUCAUCGGCCAAUUUUCAUUGUCAAUAAGCGGACAGACUCAUGGAAUUAUAAUUCAUGCGAUGCGUCGACGAGCGAGAGCGGACAAUUUGACAAUGAAUUUCGUCACAACAUUGUCAAAGUAG